UUUGCUUUAAAUAAGGCAGUUAGGGAAGGCUCCCUGAAGGAGGAGGCAUUUAAGCUGAUGAUAAGGAUGAGGAUUCAGCCCUUUUAACAGCUGGGACAGGAGUUCCAGGCAGAAGGAACGCUCAGCGAGGAGGAAGCUGCCUGCAGACGCCCCCAGCAGGCCCCGCAGAAGCCACAGGCCUGGAGGAAGUGAGCAGCUCGGCCCCCGCCUCUGGACCAGCCUCUGCAGACCCCGCUGACCCGGGGACCCCAGCACCUACUUUCUUUCAGAGCCCGGGGACCACCAUUCGAGCAACGUGGCCUUCACUUCCUCACGUGCAGGAAGCGCCAGGGCCAGCCAGGGAGAGAUGGAGGCCGAGUCCUUGUACAACCUGCUGCAGCUACCCCAGGCGGGCCCACCGGUGGAGGAGGAGCUCCCACAAGGACAAAAGAGGAAAUACGUGCCGCCCACAUCGAGGAAGGACCCCAAGUUCGAGGAGCUGCAAAAGGUGCUGAUGGAGUGGAUCAACACGGAGCUCUUCCCUGAGCACAUUGUGGUCCGCAACUUGGAGGAGGACAUGUUCGACGGGCUCAUCCUGCACCACCUUUUCCAAAAACUGGCCGGGCUCAAGCUGGAAGUCGAGGAGAUCGCCCUGACAGAGGCGAGCCAGAGGCGCAAGCUUGCGCUGGUGCUGGAGGCCGCCAACCGGAGCCUGCAGGUGGAGGAGCAGCAGGCCAGGUGGAGCAUGGAGGCCAUCUUCAGCAAGGACCUGUUAGCCACCUUGCAUCUCCUCGUGGCCCUGGCCAGGCGCUUCCAGCCUGCGCUGCCCCUCCCAACCAACGUCCAGGUGGAGGUGAUCACCAUGGAGCGCACCAAGAGUGGCCUGAAGUCCGAGAAGUCAGUGGAACAGCUCACUGAGUGCAGCACAGAGCAGGACCAAUCAAAGAUUCGCAGACGGCGUCAUCCUGCUCCUGCUGAUCGGACAACUGCAAGGCUUCUUCCUGCACUUGAAGGAAUUCUACCUCACUCCCAGCUCUCCUGCGGAAAUGAGGGGGAAACCAAGGCCCUGAGAGGCUGUGGGACUUGCCGAGGACCACUCAGCUGCUCGGUGGCAGAUCCGACACCAGGACGGGCCUUCUGGUCCCCAGCCUGCUGUUCGUCCUCGUGCACCAUGGGGAUGCCAUCUUCAGUGGGCGUGCUCUCCACCCUCCCAGGAGGCAGGGUGCUCCUGAGGGUUGGGGGCUGCAUCGGAAAAGAUCAGGAUGAACUCACAAUCCUUCCCUGGCUAAGUAUCCUCACCUGGUCAGACUCACCUCCAGGCGUCACCUCCACCAGGAAGCCUUCCCUGACCCCCCGGCUGGGUGACCCCCUGACAACUGCCUUUCCCACUGGAGGUGGCCUCCUUGACGCAUGAUGGACAUCCUGGAUGAGGGGUGGGCCUGGCACUCGGGGGCCAGGGCCUAGGGGGGCUGCCUCAUUCUGCUGACAUCUGACG